UCCCCCUCCUCCCUGUCCUCUGACAGGUGAUGUGUGGUUCUUGGUGUUUGCUGCCCUCCGCUGGUCAGGGGGAUGCACUGCACCCUCCCAGACUCCUGAUGCUGGGCCCCUGAGGUGUGGUUCUGGCCCCUGAGCGGGGGGGGUCCUGAUUCUCACUAACAAACGUGUUAUGGCGCUAUAGGAGGGAUCUGCUUGUUUUGUCGGCCUUCAGAGCAAUCACAGACUGAAGAUCAAACAGUUUUUUUUAUUUCAAAAGAACAAUGCCACACGCUUUCUGCCUUAUAAACAUUUUGUCACAGAAUAUAGGAAUAUGCAAAUCAUUUGUUCAAGUGAAAGUAGCUUAUAGUUCGUCCACAAAACGUCAUUUUUGUUCUAGAUUGUAUCUGUGCUUGUGACUGCAUUCAAUCAGAUUUGAUUCUUGUCAUAUUUGGUUAUCCUUUAUGCAUUGCCUGCCUGUUCUAGUACAGACACACACGCUCCACACAUAAACACACACCCCCUUACACCAUGAGCCCGCCACCCGGAAAUCUUUCAACACAAUCAGUGCAACUAGAUUCCCAGAGCUGUGCGUUAUAAAUCUGGACUGUGCUUGAGAGACGCCCAGAGACGUCAAUCUGUUUGGAGAUUAGAGCCUCGACGCUGUGAAUCCAGGACAGAAGAGCCCCUGGAGACCCAAGCCUGACCAGGCCUGCUGCUCCGCCCCCAGCUCGGCCUGCUCAUCACCAGGCUGCCUGCACCUUAAGCCCCACAACAGGAUAGCAGCCUGCUUCGGUCUGGACGUCACUCACACACUGUGUCAUUCCCUCUACUGUACACAGACACAGCGGCGGUCUGCUGUAUGAAAGAGUUGAAUGAGCGUAAAGAGGAUCUGCCAGUGAUGAAGAGGACUGUCCUGUUGGAGUGAGCUAGCGUGAGCGAGCGAGUGUGGGCGCCUGUUUCUUGUGUCAGUGUGCUCCUUCCCAGAGUGGGCCGACUGACUUGCUGCCAAACUGGCGAAUCGAGCGGGUGGAGACUGUCUGGUUGGAUUCCGCCCUGAGGACUGCGUCCUGGCUGAGCUCCAGAUGCCCCAGGCCAGCGUGGAGGUGACGCAGGGUAGGACGGUGGUGCUACAGGCCUGGUACAGCCCUAGCACCAACAUGGAAAGGAACGUAAUCCUCUGGAACUAUGUAGCCACCGACUCCAAACUGAUCAUCUCCUACACGUCAGACUCGCUGAGCUUUGGGGAGUCUCCUCUUAAGGGUCGUGUUGGCUUCACAGCCACCAUGCCCUCCACCAACGUGUCGCUCUACAUCAACAACACGCGGGAGUCCGACUCAGGAAGCUACAUGUGCCAGGUCCUCUUUCCUGGAACAGGCACCGUUAGUGGAAUAGGCACCACCAUCCUCAACGUCAAGGUGCCCCCUGCUGUUCCGGAGUGUUCCAUGUCGGGGAAGCCUGUCCUGAAGGCUAACGUGUCUCUGAGCUGCAUGUCCGGCUCUGGGAAGCCCGUCCCCGUCUACAGGUGGCAGAAAACCACGCCACAGUCCCAGUACUUCUUCGCUCCGCACCAGAACGAGGUAACAGGCGUUCUGAAGUUGACCAACCUGAGCAGCAACAUGUCUGGGAAGUACGUGUGUACCUCCAGCAACACCGCAGGGGAAGAACGCUGCAUCAUCAACCUGGAGGUCAUCACCUCCACCAACUCAGGGAUGAUUGCUGGAGCCACAGUUGGCUCAGUGUUCGGCUUCAUCUUCAUUUUCCUCUUCCUCAUCUUCCUCCUGAAGAGAAGGAGAGACACGGAGGAAGAUCUAGCCAAUGACAUCAAGGAGGAUGCCCAGGCACCCAAGCGCGUCUCAUGGGCUAAGAGUGGCUCAGGCUCUGACAUCAUCUCUAAGAACGGCACGCUGUCCUCCAUCACCUCCAGCCCUCACCAGAGGGCCCCCUACCACCACCACCCCGCGCUGCAGCAGUACCCCCAGCGGCCGCCCUCCGACACCGCCUCCAUCCUCACCACUGCCGGCAGCACGGCCGGCUACCGGCCCCGCCAAGCCUCCCCCACCCCCGCCUACGGCUACAGCAGCAGCAGCGCCCCGCGCGGUGAGCCGGCCAGUAAUGGCAGCUCCCUGGCCAGAACAGAGCGCUCCACGCCCCUUCCCCAGACCCACCCCCAGACCUACGCCCAGGUGCCACGCCCCCAGACCCUCCCCCAGACCCAGCCCCAGACCUACGCCCAGGUGCCACGCCCCCCGCCCCUGCCUUCCUCUGUGGUCACGGCCUCCAACAUCUCCAGGAUGGGGGGGGUGCCCAUCAUGGUGCCGGCCCAGAACCAGGCGGGCUCUCUGGUGUAGCAGAGAGGUGAGAGGCCGUCCUGAGAGACGUCUUCCAAAGGGAACACUGCUUAAAUAGUUGAUUUCCAGUUUAAUUCAAGUGCUUCAAAGCUUGAACAGGAUCUCAAGAGAUAACAUUUGAUUCAGUCAACAGGCAGGGGCAAGACCUCCAAACACAGACUGGGUUACUGAACAAGGAAAAUGCUUUAUUUCACUUUAUACUCACUAAUUUUUUAUAUUUGAUAAAUACUGCAGAAACGUCCAGACAGCGAUUGCAGACUGUUACAGCAUCUUCUUUUCUUUUGGAUCAAACAAUGUUUGUUUUUUUACACGAUUCUUUCAGUGCAGGUUUAACAAGUCAUUCGUUAUGACCAAGGAUAUUAUCAAUUCCAAACAGAUUUGUUGAGUAGAUGUAAGGGCAUAAGUUUGAUUAUACAUGUUUGAUUAUACAUUUUUGAUUAUACAUUUUUUUAAAGGCAAAUCUGUUCCCCCAACUUUUUAUGAAGAAAAUCGUCUUUUACAGGCGUAACCGUAGUUAGUAAUAAAGCUGUCCCCCGUAUCUGGAAACAACCCUAUGCCCGUGUGUUGAUGUCUUGGACAGAUGAGUUUGAAGAACACAAUUAUAAUCCCACAUACUGUACUGAAGGUUUUCUUUCAUUUUCUGUAAUAUUUUCUUGACAUUCUAUAGUUUAGAACAGUAAUCAUAGAGAUGAUUAUAACCUUCACCCUGGUCGGGUACUGGGCCAGCC